UCUGAAAGGCAAAGAACGUGUUUUGUCCAAUGCAGCGGAACAGCAGUCUCGUUUCCAUUUGGCUUCAGCUCGAGCUCUGCGCAAUGGCUGUUCUUCUCACUAAAGGAGAAAUACGGUGUUACUGUGAUGCCCCCCACUGCGUGGCCACCGGCUACAUGUGCAAAUCGGAGCUGAAUGCCUGCUUCACCCGCACCUUAGACCCUCAAAGCACCAAGUCUCCUUUAUCUCACGGGUGUUUUGACCCUCUGUUGAACUCUGGAAAAACUUGCCAUCCAGAGUAUGAUACCAUUCAUGGAUCUGCCACACUUCAGUGUUGCCAUGAGGAUAUGUGCAAUUACAGAGGCCUGCAAGAUGUCACAUACAGAGGAAGUGAAAUUCAUGACAAACGACGACAUCAAAUCGAAGGCAGCCGUCACGUGAUUGCGCGACUACAGGAAAUCCCUUCCUCCAAGGAGGUAUGGUUCCGUGCUGCGGUCAUCGCCGUACCAAUUGGUGGUGGCCUCAUCUUGGUUCUCCUCAUCAUGCUUGCCCUGCGUAUGCUUCGCAGCGAAAACCGCAGACUGCGACAACAACGGCGAGAAAUGCUGUCUCGCCUUCAUUACAGCUUUCAUGGCCAACACCUCACCAAGGGUCAUGUGGCCAAACUGGACUUAGAGUGUAUGGUUCCAGUAGGAGGCCAUGAGAACUGCUGCCUGACCUGUGACAAGAUUCAGCAGUCCGAUCUUAGCAGCCAAAGACUUCUUUCAUUGGUCAGCUGGGGAAAGUACAGCGGCCGAAGCAAGCUGGAGUUUGUGUGA